AUGGACAACGUAGUUAAAGAAGUUAAACAAAUCAUCGAAACAUCAACGCCAUCCGAAUACAACGGGAUUCGAUCAUCUUUGCAAUCUCUCAUUGAUUUGAUUGAUCAAAAACGAAAAGUGAAAACAGACGGAGAUGUGACAAAUGAUCGAAGUAUUGAUCAUCUUAAAAUGGUUGACGAGAAAUUAAAGUUGUUCUCCAGAGAGUAUAUUUUUGUUGAAGAAAGGUUCAAUUUUCCAAUAACAUUUCAAAAACAAUAUUUCCGCGUCGAGUCACCACUUCAAUGGUUAGAAGAUUCUUCAGCAAUGAUUCUCUCUAAUACAAACAAAACUCAUUAUGACAUCAUCUACAAUACAAAACUAAAUAACUGGGACCGCACUUUAUUUAAUAAAACGAUUAUAUCUAAACAAUCUCUUCUCUUUCUAGUGUUCUGUUCCGACAUUGCGAUUUCAUUUUUCAUUGACUCACAAAUUGUCUUUGACAAAUACAUUGAAGAUCCUAAAUUCUUUGUUUCAUUUUUUCGAAAGACAGAAAAUGGUAUAAAAUAUAGUAAAUAUAUUAGAAAUCUUACUAGCGAUGAUCCCCUUGACGCGAUGUUGAUUUAUAGUAAACACUCAACACGAUGGUUUGGUUCCUAUGACCUUUGGGUCCAAGCAAAGAAAACUGGAAAUACUGAAAAAUUUUCUGACUUUUCAAGGCACUACUCUUUAGUCGAUGGGCAGAUUGUUGAUUUCAUUGGAAAGUGCAAAGCAGAAAGUGUUAUUGUUCUUGCUCUUUCUUAA